UUGAACAUUUUUAAUAUAAAAUAAUUAAAUAUUUCAUAAUGAAUACUUUUCAUAAUAUUUUCAAGGCCAAAUUGAAUAACGUUUUUGGUAUGAUUCAUGUUAAACCUUUACCAGGCACACCAUUAUAUAAUGGAAGCAUAAAAAAAAUAAUAUACGCUGCUAACAAAGAGGCUGAAACUUAUUUGAAAUGUGGAAUAGAUGGUAUUGUAGUAGAAAAUAUGCAUGAUAUCCCUUAUGUACCUGGCAAUAAAAUCGGUCCAGAAAUAGUGUCUAUGAUGACUAGAGUUUGUACAUCUGUGAGACAAUUAGUUCCUGAAAACAUUCCUUGUGGUUUACAAAUAUUGGCUGCAGCAAAUGAAGAAGCAAUUGCUGUUGCACAAGCAUCAGAUUUCCAAUUUAUUAGAGCUGAAGGUUUUGUUUUUGGUCAUAUUGCUGACGAAGGAUAUAUUGAUGCAUGUGCUGGUAAAUUAUUGAGGUAUCGUAAAUCAAUAGACGCACAAAAUAUUAGUGUAUUUACAGAUAUAAAGAAAAAACAUAGUUCACAUGCCAUUACCCAAGAUGUGAGUUUAAUUGAAACUGCUAAAGCAGCUACAUUUUUUUUGACUGAUGGAAUUAUAAUAACUGGAGCUGCAACGGGACAACCUGCUGAACCGCAGGAGGUCAAUGAUGUAAAAAAGUCUGUUAGCGUACCAGUAUUAGUGGGUUCUGGUGUAACUUUAAACAAUGUACAUGAAUACAAAGGUGUUGAUGGAUUUAUUAUUGGUUCUUACUUUAAGCGACAUGGAAAGUGGCAGAAUGAACUCGAUGAACCAAUAAUAUUGGAAUUCAUGCAAUGUAUAAAUUAAAAAAUCAUAUUUGUU